GUUAGUAGUGUUGGCGACCCUGCACGAAACAAUGGCGGUAGCGAGAUUUGUUUGAUAAUUUAGAGCUGAAAGUGUGUGCUAUGUUACGUGAUAAAUGAUUAUUCAUGACGAAUUUUGAUAAUCAUGAAGUUUUUAAUAGAAAAGUGUGUUAUUAAAUUGAUUUUUAAUAAAGAAUAUUUAACAAAGAGGCUAAAUUGCUAUCAGAAUGGCUGAAGUUUUACCUAGAAAACGCGCUGCGGAAAUUGAGCGAUUUCAGAAUCGGCUGUCGAAUUACAGCAAGCGCCAUACUCAAUGUGAGAAAAGAUUCGCCAAUACAUUCGAAGCUCUCGUCGAACAUGACAGCGGCCAGACGCAGUAUCUGCAGCAGAAAUUCUACCAAAAUAAAGAAAAACGAGGUGUUAAAAAGAAAUUAGAUUCGUCGAGUAAUACCGCUGCUUUGCAGCAGCAACAGCAACAACAACAACAACAGCAGCAGCAGCAGCAACAACAGCAAGAGCAACAUCGUAAAGAACAAAAAGAACAAAAAGAGCUGAAACAGUUACAAGAACAAUUGAAAGAGCAAAAAGAUCAAAAAGAGUACGCCGAUUUGAUCGAACUGCAACUAGCCAUCGAUAAAGAUUUACCUUCGUUCGAUUUAAAUGGCGACGCUAUGAGUGCUCUGAUAUCGGACACAUUUAUGUCGGAUAUCACUGACAUAAUGUCCGACACCAAAGAUAGUAAAGAUAAUAUAUUUUCUCAAAGCCAUCCUCAACCACCACCGCCGCAGCAACAGCAGCAGCAGCCGCCGCCGCCGUCGCCGCAACAACCACCAAAUCCAACCCCCGGGCAGCUGUUAGCCCACGACUCGCAUCACUCGCAUCCGCAUCAUCAUCACCAUGCGGCUCAACAACGCCCACCGCAACAUACCAAUCACCAAACGUCUUUCCACCAAACGCCGAUCAAACUGGAGGAUGUAGGCAAGCCGCCGAAUUCGCUGAAAACGCCGAACGUCAUGGCGAGUCAGCAGCAUUUACCGUUCCAUAUGCAGCAGCAGCCACCGCCGCAGCAGCCUCAUCAGCAUUUGCAUAAUGCCGGCGCGCAUAUCCAUCCUCAGCACCAGCCACCGAUGAUGAAUGCCAACAGUCCUAGUUUCGAUAAUUGUAAGACGCCGCGUAUGCCGUUCAAUAAUAGUAACUUCAACGCGGCCGCUCAAACGCUUAAGCAGAUGGCUGAACAGCAUAAUAAGCAGAAUCUCGACUGCAUUAAGCAAGAGGCUGUCUAUAGUAGUAAUUCUAAUUCGCCGAUAGGCUACAGUCCCGGUGCCAGCUCGAUACCGGAGAAAACGCAGCCUAGAACGCAACGUAAUACCACUCCUACCUUUAAGCAACAACCGUAUUCGCCGUACGAUAGUCCAAACCAUGGCAGUCCGCAAUAUCCUCCUAGGUGUGGACCUGGCGCUGGUCCUAGUCCCGUAUCUCCUAAAACGCCAACCGCCACCAAUGUACAAAUGAAGCAGACUCAGCAAGUACACAUGACGCAGACUACCGCACAGCAAAUACAGGUAUCAAUGGCUCAACAAAACGUACCGAACGAUAUGAACGCUGCAUCGGCAUCGAUGGCCAGCCAUCAAGGAAUAUAUUUCGUCAAUCAAAAUACGCCUAAUUGUAACGUUAAAUUAGAACCAAAUCAAAAUUUCAUAAAUAUCUCGCAACAGCAGCAGCAGCAACAACAACAUCAACAGCAACAACAAAAUAUCAAUUUCAAUCAGCAACAACAACAGCAGCAACAGCAAAUUAGGCAUCACAAUGCAUCGACGUCUACGAAUAACGCUGCUCAUCACAGCACCGAUGGUCCUAUAGGGGACCAGCAUAAGCUUACGCCACAACAGCUGCAGCAUCAACAUCAUUUAAUGAGAGCUCAGCAGGUUUCGAUGGCCCAAAAUGCACCCACCGAUAUAAACCCGUCAUCCGUGUCAGUUGCCGCCCAACAAGGGAUGUAUUUCGCCAAUCAGGCCAAUACCUGUAAUGUGAAAAUGGAACCGAAUCAAAAUUUCAUCAACGUUUCGCAAACCAUCAACAUCAAUUUCAACCAGCAGCAGAGUAGGCAUCAUGUGGCUACGUCAACGGCAGCUACCUCCUUACAUGAAAGUCAGCUUAGUGAACAACAACAUAAAAUGUCCCAGCAACAGAUGAUGUUGAUGAGGCAGCAGAUGUGUAAACAACAACAACAACACCAACAACAGCAACAAUACCAACAACAACAACAGCAUCUGCAGCAGCAGCAACAACAACAAGCGCAGCAAAAAUCCCAACAGCAAUCUCACCACGUAGUUCAAUUGCAACAGCAACACCAACAACAUCCAGCUCAACAUGCUCAACAGCAGCAUCACCAACAGCAAUCGCAUCACCAGCAACAACAAGCGCAGCAGCAACAGUUGAGAUUGCAGCAAAUGCCGCAGCAGAAAAAUCUGCAGAAUAUGAUAAGGCCUCCUCCUCCAGAAUACAGUAUCAAUGGUAGACAAACCAGCGGUCAGUUUCAAGGUAUUCCUUGUAAUAUGCCGCAAAGGCUACCUCAACAGAAUACUUUUCCUGGAAAUGUUCCUUUGCAUAAUAACGCGAUGAAUAUGAUGCCUGGCCAUGUGCAACAGAUGCCUAUUAGAUCUUUACCAAAUCCUAAACAACAGAAACCAACGAUGAAUAUGCAGCAUUCGAAUUACCCUAUGUCCCUCAAUUUGCCAAUGUCGCAUGCUAUGAAUAACCCAGCUGCCAAUAACGUCUCAGCACUAGCCAACCAAACGUACAAUCCUCAAGCUCAGCAGCAACAGCAGCAGCAAUCUCGUCCAACCAAUGCCAACAUGCCAUUAGCCAAUACCAUGUCUCAUAUGCCAAAUACCAUGACAAACCUACAUCACAAUCCGCAUCGAAGUCAAGAGAUUCCAUCCGCCAUGCAGAACACCAACGUCAACAGUAUGAGCAGUCUAAGCACCAACACCGUCAUCGAAGAUUUCAAUUUGGAUUUCCUCGAGCAGCAAUUCGGCGCUAACGAACUAAUGAAUUUCAAUAUCAACGGAUUAAUGUAAUAACUAAUAAUGAGAAUGUGUGAUCGUAAUCAACGACCGGUGGACCGGUGUACAUAUUUAUCGUGCAAACUGGCCAUACGUAUAGCCCCCGAAAGUUUCAUUUGAAUAUUCGUGCGAUAGGUAUUGUACGUGUUAUUGCUCUCUUUCUUUCUCUCUCUUUGUAUAUUUUUUUUGGAUGAUCGAACCCGUUAACCCCGAAUUCGCAAUCACGGAUCAGCGAACGGUAUUAGUGUUUUUAGAGAAUUUAAAUGACGUCAAGGGUGAAAUGUAGGAAAAUUAUUGCAAUGGGCGAAUUUUGUUGAUAAAUUGGUAUGUUGAAUGGAAUCGUGAUACUCGUCGUCGUCGACUCGUUUGAAUUUUCCGCUAUUUAAAUUGAAUACUCUGGUAAUGUCAUGACACGUUACCGUUUUCCGAUUUAAAAAAGCAUUGGGAAGUAGUGAGUUGUGGUUGUCUUUUUGAAUUGACUGGACGAUAGAUGAUAAAUAUUACCUAAGCUUCCUAUUACGGUAAUUUUUUUGUCAAUAAAACAAGAAGAUAAAAUUGUAACUUGAAUUAACGUUGCCAAAAAAAAUUAAAAUGACCAGCUUUGGAUGAAAAAAAUCAAACUAGUGUGAUUUAUGGAAAUAUUUUCGAAAUUACGUCAAAAAUCAAUUAGGACUACAUUUUCCUUAAAAAGAUUGGUUUUUCGUCAUUACAAGCUUAAAAAUGUUACAGAAAUAUCUCAAAUAUUGUCCUUCUUUCCUAAAUUAAAAAAUCGAAAAUGAAAAAGUGAUGAAAAUUUGAGUACCUACUCAAUCAGUUCUUGGAUUUCAAUUUUUUGGUUUUUCGAUAUUUUUUGAUUCGGCCAUCUGAGAUUCAUUUCUUCCCUGUUUCCUUAUUUUUCGAUCAAGAAUCUACCCAAAUUUGUAUUUAGCUAGGUCAGAUCAUGUAAAAUUUGUAGAAUCAUGAAAACUGUUCAUCUCAAAAAACGUAAUUUUGAUCACUCGAAUGUAUGUACUUCCAAAAACCUGUGAUAAAUUUUUUAAAUCAGUUUCCAACCAGAGAACGCCCCUUCCUAAUGGACUCUUAAAAUCUUCUCAAGCUUAUGCAUACCUAUGAAUCUGAAGAAAUUUAUCGUAUUUUCCUCAAACAUCUCUUCUUUAUCGAGCUAAAUCCAUUGAGAACUUGGACGAGCGAAAAAUUUGAAAUUUUCCUCGCAAGUUUUUAAAUUCCAGCAGCUCGAGAAUAACAUCUGUGAUAAUUUUAUUUCAUUUUUUUCUGAAAAAAGUUGAACUUUCGAAUAAAAGUUCAUUAAAAAAAAAAUCAUUUGCAGAAAUAAACAGAGAAGUGCAUUUUUUUCCAAUCAGUCGAGUUGAAAUGAUAAAUUUUGAAAAUUUGUUAAAAAGAGAAGUAACCUUGAACCAAGGAGAUCUAAAACAUUGAGAACCUACCAGACUAGAUCUUCUGUAUCGUUGUGUCAAUUCAAAAUUGUACUUUUAUCUAUUUCACCUUCCUAAGUAGCUUUUAUUACGAAAGACAAUCGAAAUGAAAAAAACUCAAAUAGCUAUUCAAACCGACGACGAGUUUAUCUUAAUGGCCCAUUUCGUGACUGAAUUUUGAGAAAUUCCACCUAAUCCAAAUAUCGGCUCAGUAUUGUAACUUUUCCAUUUUAAAAUUACAUGUAUCGGGUGAUUUUAAAUUGGAAUUGUAGGUAAUUCGCUGGAAAAAAAAUCACAUCAAAUUGUGCAAGGCAUUUCAAGGGUACAGGUUUGCAAUUCUAUGUUACCGUAAUUGUUCGAAUUGACAGUGAUACCAAUUAUUGUUUUAGCACUAUCGAACAAUUAACCAAUGAAAAUGUACUUUUGUUUCAUCAUGUUGACGGAUUUGUUUACUGAGAGAGUAUGAAAAUAAUAUGAAACUAUGUAAGAAUAAUUGAAACGAGCAAAUCGGACUCGAAAUUUUACACAAUGACGUAUGUAAUCUCAUGAUUAGUUUUUAUAGUGUAGAGUUUUUUUUUCCAUUUUAAAAUGUUUGUAAUCUCGUUUUUAUUUUUGUUAUAUUUUGUAAUUUUUAUAACGUUAUAUGAUCUCAGUACAAAGUAGUUUUACUUUUUCUUUUAUUUUCUUUCUUUUCUUUUUUUUUAAGUAUACGUAGUUCAAUUUUCUUUCUUCUUCUCUCUUUUUUUCCUAAAUUAAUUUUUAUUUAUAACAUGCCUUUCUUUUUUCUCUUUUUUCGUAGUGUAAAUACGAUAGAUUUUUAUGUAAAUAAUGCUUUUUUUAGAAAUACCAGUAUUUUAAAGCACUUUUUACGAAAGCAAAAAAAUUCGUUUAUACCUCGAGGGCAUUACGAAUACGGUGGUAUUUUCAUUGAACAUGAAUCGAUUUGAAAAUAAUGCUUUUUAAUGUGUUCGUCCAAAAAAAAUUUUUUUUGGAGAUAAUGUAUAAUUUUAAAACACGUCGUGUACGCCUUACCAUUUUUUUUAUAUAAGCUCUCGCCAAGCUACGUAACAAAAUGUUUAUUUUUUUUUCUUUAGUGAAGUAGUGAAUAGCAAUAAAAUCAAAUUAAUUUUAGGUACCCGUCGAGUUACUUGUGUUUUACAAACCAACAGUAUAGCAACAAUGAUACGUAAAGGCAAUGCAUAUUUGAUAUAAAUUUUGUUUUUUCAAUAAUUUUUAUUUUAUACGACGAACAUAGCGGUUUUUUUCCUUUGUAAAACGUGAUCAAAUCAAAAUUUAUGUUAGUGAAGCGAAUGGUGCGACGAGCAUGGGUUGAUUUGUAAUGUAGAAAAACCCACAGGCGAAUUCGUCGCGCCAUUUUUUUGCGAUAUUCAAUUCAUCAUGUGAAAAGUUGUCAUGUUUUAUUAAUUUUAUAUGUUAAUCUGUACUUAUAAAAUAUGAAGUAUACUUGUAUAAUAAAGUGAUUUUUAUUUUAA